AUGGCGGGUAGACGUCAGACUCGCACACAGAGCGAAGGCGACGUCAUUGGAAUGAGCGAAGAGGCUUUACUGAGCACAAGCAUCAAAAAUGAGUUGGAGAAAUGGAAGCUCAUGAAUGAAAUGCACACACUUGUGUGUGGCGAAAAGCAGUGCUCAAUGGAAAACAGUAGAAAAUUGAGAAAGCUUAAAGAAGACAUAACGAAAAUGCUUGCUGAAGGGUGUGUUUAUAAGCUACAUGGGUUUAAAAAAUAUGAUCCAUUCUUAAGCAACUUCAGGGAAAAAGAAAACAUGGAAGAAGGACUCAAGCCUAAAGCACUCAUCAAAUCACUAUCCACAGGAACUUUUCCAUCAAUUAGUGAGACAGGAAACUAUGUGAAAACAAACAUAAAGUCGUAUGAAAGAAAAGUUGAUAAGAAAGAUAGUGAUAUCUCGCCUGCGACAAUUCCAAAUACCCUAACUAACAUCGACCUACCCGAUAUUUCAUCGCAUUUUGAAGAAAACAACGAAGAAAAUGAAGAAUUUGCACCUUGUACAGAUUUAUUAUCCUCUUUAUCGAAUAGCUUCCAUGGCAUGAUCAUGUGGCGACAGAAAAUACGUGACAGAAUUAUAGAAAAGGAGAAGGCGAAAGUAGAUCCCCCUGUCCGAUACCACCCAAAAGUUGAAACGAAAAACAUAAAUCGAUAUAAACAUAUGUUUGCAGGAAACUGUAGGACAUAUUAUGCGAUGAAGAAAUUCGUUGACAAAGAGGCUGAAAUAAUGAUAAAUAAAGUUGAUUCUCCUCUCUAUUAUAAGAAGAUCUCGGAAUUAGAAAAACUUAAACAAAAAUGUAAAAUUCCAGAAAUUAUAAGAAGAGACAAAUCAACCUCAGCAAUAUUUAGAGAUUUUGAGAAUUAUAAAGCUCAGAAAGUACAAGAAAAGAAAAGGAAAGUAUCAGAAUGGCAAACAUCUCAGUAAAAAAUUACUGACUUUCUAUGGAUCUUCUACGACAACUUUAACGAAUCAACAAACAUUUUCUAAUGAGUGCAAUAUGUUACUUUACACAAGGAUUAUUUUA